UGAGUUCAGCCGCUCCCCACGGCCCCGGAGCCCCUGGGCGGUGGCGGUGGCCGUGGCAGCACCGGCUCGACUGCGGCAGUGUGCCCGCUCCGCUCGCGACGCUCGGUGGGCGGAGCGUCGGGCUCGGUCAGUUUGGAGAGGCUUAUGCGGCACCUGAUUCAUCCAGCAAAUUAAGACCUGCCAACUUUUUGAUAAUCUGGUCAAUAAAUUACAGAACAAUUGUUCCUUUCAAGAUUUAUUCAAAACGUGUCAACCUGCUUAAUUAAGCACUUUGAUGAUUUAAGAACUCUUGGAAAUCCUUUUGUACUAUUGCUCAUUCAUACUUGUUCAUCAAAGCCUGGAGUCCUUAAGGACAGAAUUUACCUCUAAACAGAAAGAUGGAAACUAAAGUACAUUUAUUCUGCCAGGCAGAGGAAAAUAUUGACUUAGUAGAUGAUGGCUCUAGUUCUUUUGCAACUGACUUGCCAUCAGGAGCUAUCAACCGCAAGAAAUAUAUCAAGUUUUCUAAAACAAUAGAGAAGAAAAUUUCACCGGAAAUUAGGAGUUUGAGCCCAGAAUAUAAACAAAUAUUUGAAACGUCAAUAAUCCUUUGUGGAGAAGAAAAGUCCUCUGAUUUUUCAGGAGAAAAAAAAGUUGGGAGAGAGAGUUUACAAGUACAACAGCAGAAAAGAACUGAGAUUAUCCCUCCUUUUCUGAAGCUGUCAAAGGAGAAGGUGACUAGGGAAGAAAACUCUUUAUGCAAGUUGCCAAAUCAGUACAGCGUUCACAAGACUUCAUCACCUCUUUGUACAUCUUCUGCAAUUACUCGGGAAAAGGAAAUGCUGUCUAACCUCUACAUGACAUUAGAUGAUGAAGUAACCCAUGGAUAUUUACACUCAAAAGAAUUAAGUGCACUUCAUAAAGCCUGUAAAAUUUUUAGUAAAAUUCGAAGUGGUAAGAUUUAUGUGAAUGAUCUUCCAGUGAUCCUUUGCAUCUUGGGAAUUUCUAUAAGUGAUUUAGAAAUGCGACAGGCACUAAAGACUGUUGAUAUUGACGCAUUCCAGGAUGCCUUGAAGAUUUACUGUAGGAUAAAAGGUGGUCGAGUUUCAACUGAUGAAGUGUUUGCUGUUUUGGAUAGCAUGGGUAUCCCUGUAAACCCUGAAAUUUUAGAAGAAGUGAUAAAACAUACCUAUAUUGACAGAAACCACAUGGUGGAUAUUGGGGAUAUUAUAUUUAUUUUGAAUGAGCUACAGGAACAGUAUGAGGAUGUUUCAAUUACAGAAGGAUCACCUUUGGAUGAAAUUACUUCAGACAGAAAGUUAUCAAGUAUAGCAGAAUGCUAUCUAAAAUAUAAGAAGAAAAACAGUUUGUCUUCCAAACUCCCUGAACCUUCAAUAUCCAAAAAGUUAAAUAAAAACAGCAACCAGUAUUAUAGCAAAAUUAUGGAGAAUGAUGACCUUGAAUCUAAAAGACCAAAAAAUACUUGGCAAAGAAGAAAAUUUCUGGGUGGGGUUGGCAGCAGUAAUGUAGAAGUCCAAGAACCAUAUUCAAAGAAUGGCAUAAACUUUAAAAAACAUUCAGAGAAGGGUGAAAUUCAUGACUCAAAGUCUAAACCACAAAGCUUGAAGAGUAGUACAAGCCUCAGUAAGUCUCUGGAUAAAAGUGAUAUUUCUAGUAUCCCAAAACUUCAGAAGCCAGCUGUAAGAAAGCGUUCCAGUCUCCUAAAACAGGUUUCGUCUACGGAAAAAACUGCAAUUAAUACUCUGGUGUUGCCUGGUGUCAUUAAAGCCAUUGAUAAAAUUAAAGAUAAAAAUGUGGAUUAUGAGGAUCUAAAUACUUGUCUUCAAAAUUUGGGUAUUUACCCUUCUAAGCCAGAAUUUAAGAAGAUCACAGAAUUGACUGAAGCUGGUGGUGAAAUAAAAAAAGUGAAUUUUAAAGAAUUCAUCAAUACUAUGAUGAGCAACACAGAAUGCUUCUCUGAAAAAUUAUUAUUGCCUGAUGCUAUUGAAACCCUCGACAAUCUCAGAAAGGAGACGAUGAGUGUUUCUGACCUGUGGAAUACUCUGUCUAGUUUGAAUAGUAAUUUAAAAAAGGAUGAAUUUCUAGCUGCAUUGAAACUAGUGACAGUUGAUGAAGGUGACAAAGUACAAUUUGAAGAAUUUGCAAAAGUAGUAAGGAAUAUGCGUGAUGCCGCCAGGUUAGAAGAGUUACAGGAAGUUGUCUUAGCUGCUGAUUUGCUUGAAGGUGACAUGAUAGCUGGGAAGAACUUGGAAGACUUUCUAAGAAAUAUUGGGAUUAAGUCACCUAAAGAAGAGGUAGAGAAAAUUCUUCAAUCAGAUUUUGUUUCUGAAGAUAACAUGGUGAACAUUAAAGACUAUAUGAGGGCUUUGAGGGACACCCAGAAAUUUUCCAAUUAUAUUGAUUUUGGGAAAGAGGCUUCAAAUGUAAAAUUACCAAAGGUAAACGAAAAAAAAGAAGCUGCUAACAUCUUGUCACAUGUUGAUAAUGGCAAGAUUGGUAUACCUGAUUUGGAGCAUGCCUUGAAAUGUUUGAAUGUUAAUUUAACUGAGGAGGACUUCAAUGAAGCCCUUAACUGUUGUAACGUCAGUGAUAAUAUGGAGGUGGAUUUAAAAGAUUUCUUAAUGAAAAUGAAAGAAAGUCCACAUUUCCAAAAGUCCAAGGGGAGACCAUUUCAACACCAACAUAUUUUCCUAACUCCCAAGUCUGCAGAGAACACCUACCAAAGAACUCUUCAUGGAUGCGGAUACCCUUAUCAAUGGCGUAUUUCUAAAUGCUUUGGUGAAACAAAUGUCUUUGUAUCACAUUUUUUACAUUUUAAUAUCUCUAAAAUUGAAUGCCUUAUAGUAUUUUUAAUCAGAUGUAGCUUUUAA